AUGCCUGAGCUUCCUUUCUGUCCCAUCCUGCCAGAGCCCGUGUCCCAGCUGCAAGCUAACUUCACCCUGCUGGACAGGUCGUCAGGCCCGAGGGUAGAGAUAUCCUGCCAGGCAUCCUCGGGCAGCCCACCCAUCACCUACACACUGGUCGGAAAGGACGGGCGUAUCUACAUGCAGCAGACACCACACCAUGGGCAGCCCGCCAACUUUUCCUUCCCACUGACCCAGACGUUAGACUGGUUCCAGUGCAAGGCGGAGAAUGCCAUCAGCGCCCAGAGCAGCCCCCUUACACUGGUGCCCCCAGGACAGCUGCCCAAGGAAGCCACCAUCGUGCUGGCUGCCAGCCUCACCUCCAUCGCGGCCAUCACCUCCGGGAUGCUGAGCUGGACCGCAUGGAGGAGGGGGACAGCGGCAGCGGGCGAGGCCAGGGUCCCCCACUGUGCAUGGCCCGUGGGGUUUGCCCGUGGCCACUCAGCCCCUCCCCGCCUCUGCCCCCAGGUCUUCGCCAUAAUAGUGUUCUCCUGCAUCUUGGGCGAGGGCUACAGCAACACCCACGACUCCAGUCAGAGGUACUGCGUGUUCAACCGCAACGAGGACGCCUGCCGCUACGGCAGUGCCAUCGGGGUGCUGGCCUUCCUGGCCUGCGCCUUCUUCCUCGUGGUCGACGUCUACUUCCCCCAGAUCAGCAACGCCGUUGACCGCAAGUACCUGGUCAUCAGCGACCUGCUCUUCUCAGGUCUCUGGACCUUCCUGUGGUUCGUGGGCUUCUGCUUCCUCACCAACCAGUGGGCAGCCACCCAGCCGGGAGAUGUGCUGGUGGGAGCAGACUCGGCCCGAGCAGCCAUCACCUUCAGCUUCUUUUCCAUCUUCUCCUGGAGCCUGCUGGCCUCCCUGGCCUACCAGCGCUACAAGGCCGGGGUAGACGACUUCCUCCAGAACUACGUGGACCCCACUCCAGACCCCAGCACGGCCUAUGCCUCCUACCCAGGCCCCGCUGUGGACAACUACCAGCAGCCGCCUUUCACCCAGAAUGCCGAGACCACUGAGGGCUACCAGCCACCCCCCGUGUACUGAGCCGCAGCAGGGAUGGUAAAGGGCGCAGGGAGGGUGCCCGGGGGGCCACCCCUCAGUCCUGAACUCCUCCCACAAGGCGUGCCUCCUGGAGCUGCUGGCCCCUCUGGUCCUGCAGGACCUGUCCUGAGCCCACACACAGGCUGGAGAACCCCUGCCUCCCGUGCCCAGAGUGCCCAUGCCCAUGGGCUGCACCCACCCCUUCUCAAGGGCAUUUUUUAGAAAAUGGUUUUUAGCUAGACUUUUUUCAUUGCUUUUCAUGAUCCCCAGCCUGUAGCUCUAAGUGCCUGACAGCUAUCUGACAAGUGCCUUAGUUUGUCCCAAGCCCAUAAGGAGCCAGGCCCCGGUGACCAGUGAUUUGGGGUUCUCUGCCAAAGACGAGGUUGGGGGGCAUCCCACUUGCUGUUGCUGGUGCGGGGCUGGGUCUCCCUUCCUCCUCACUCAGGUCUCUUCCCGCCCCUUGGCUCCUUUGUGCCCCCUCCCCCACCUGCCCUAGAGGGCAGGGUCUGCUCGCUCUUGGAUCAAGGUCACUACUCUGUGCCAGUGCCUCUGGGCCUUCUUCCUGCCAGCCAUGGGGCAGGGCUGGUGCCCACCCCAGGGGCCACUGGGCAACACUUUCUGCCCCGUGCUCCUGCCAUCCCCCCGCUCCACCCCACAGUUGGGAGGGGCUUUGCCUGACAACACCCAGCUUUAUGUAAAUAUUCUGCCACUCUUAGGUAGGUGGGGUGGGGUGUACCCACAGCCCCCAGGCUGUUCUGAAUGUAUUAAAAAGCUUUGGGGGAAGACAUCCAGCCCCCUCAGAUUCUGUUAGACUGGUUUUGAGAUGGAAUAAAUGUUUUUCUCAUUCAUAA